AGGAGGGACCGAGUGGCAGGGACAAGGGAGGGAGAAACUGAGAGGGGGAUGGACUGAGAGUGAGCAAGGGGAGGGAGUAUCAGGAACGGGGAAAGUAAAUGAGAGGGAGAAGGAAAGAGGGAAACUGAGAGAGUCAGGAGAAGACAAGAGAGCACAAAAAAAAGAAAGGAGGACAGCUCAGCAAAUCAGCCCAGUAGCAUUCCUCUCACAGCUGCAGUGAUCCAGGCUGGGAGGGGAAGUUUAGCUCACCAGGAGAAAAAAAUAUAUAAGAAAUUGCUUUUUUUUUUUUUUUUUUUUUUUUUUCUUACAUUUUUUCUUCUCUGGGUGAAGAAAUCAGAAAGACUCCCUGGAGAGGAAAGGGAACAAGAAGAAAGAGGAAUCAGAGAGCUUCUGCAGCCUCCGAGUGUCCUGCAGGGGAAGAUGGAUUCAGACUCCGGAGAGCAGAGUGACGGAGAGCUCUCUCCAGGACAGGAGAGCUUUAACUCUCGAUCCCUGGCCCUGCAGGCCCAGAAGAAGAUCCUAAGCAAAAUGGCAACCAUGGUGGUGGCCAACAUGUUGACAGAUGACACCAGUAGCGAGAUCUUGGACGAGCUCUACAAGACGAGCCGGGAGUUCACUAAAAGCAAGAAGGAGGCCCACAAGAUCAUCAAGGACGUCAUCAAGAUCGCCCUGAAGAUCGGCAUCUUGUACCGCAACCACCAGUUCAGCCCAGACGAGCUGGACACAGUGGAGCGCUUCAAGAAGAAGAUGAACCAGGCGGCCAUGACGGCGGUGUCGUUCUACGAGGUGGAGUACACCUUCGACAGGAAUAUUCUGUCAGAGCUCCUGCUGGAGUGCAGGGACCUGCUUCACACCCUGGUCGAGCAGCACCUGACCGCACGCUCACAUGCGCGCAUCGAUCACGUUUUCAACCAUUUCGCCCACGGGGAGUUCCUGGCCGACCUCUACGGGGACGGAGAGGAGUACAGACUCUCUCUGAGGAAGAUCUGCAAUGGCAUCAACAAACUGCUGGACGAGGGAACGCUUUAACCUCUCAUACCUGACAUCUUUCACCUCUAGCUCUUUCUCCUCUUGCUGGUCUCUUCUGCCUUCUAUUUCCUUUUCACUCGCUCACCUCUGACCGCUCACAUGCUCUUCCUUCUUUUUUGCUCUUGCAUCUUCCUGUUUCUUCUUCAUCGGUUUCCAUGAAGUUAGUUGUAACAUCCUGCUGCCGUGGUUCGCUGAGGGAAGUUUUCUAGACUGUCUUUCCACUCAAUGGAUCAGUGCUGCACACUGGGACAGCCUAUCACAUUGUAUGCAUUAGAGAAAUUCCACGUCAUCCCCUUUGUGUGCACAAGUGUACUGUACCAAUGGCCAAAAAACAUACAUUAGGUAUAUUUGGAUAUGGAAGAUAAUCAGUGGUAGUAAUCAGUCUCUUUCUUUGUUUGUUUGUGUGUGUGCGUGUGUGUGUGCACAUGUGUUUGUAUGGGAUUUGCUUGAAUAAUGUGUUUGUAUAUAAGACCAACUAUGACAUGGUGUGCGUAAAAUAUAUCUGUGUCAAUCUUCUCUACAAGGGUGUAACACUUGUCUUUUAUUAAAGAUUUCUUGUAAACAUUAUUUUGCGGUUCUUCUGACAACAACACCUCCAUGUGAACUAGGAAUGGAUCGGUAUAUUUCUUCUUGUUGGCAAUCAUUAUUAUAAUUUUCUCUCAAGACUCAUUUCUUAGACAGCAUGUGAAAUAAAACAAUGAUUUGCAUUCCGAUCAAAAGAAAGAUUUUACUGCCUAUUUUUUGAGGGGAAACAGCCACCGUGACAGAAAAUGCACGGACGGAUUGGAUCUGGAAAAUAAGUCACAAAUGGUGCGUUAAGCUACUACUUUCCUGUCCAUUUGACCCACACACACACCAUAAAUCUGCCAGCACUCAUUUUAAAAUGCGCAGGAAAAUCAGCAAUUUGUCAUUUCUGGUUCAUUAGAUGCCCUCCGGUCUAUUCUGCUCUCCACUCCAGGAAAACAUUACUUGUGGCUUGGUGUGGAUCCAGCUGAAUUACAUUGACUGCGAGUUAAGAAGUCCAGUCCAGUUUACGCCCCUGUCUCCUUGUAGAAACAAAAGAAAAAAGACCAUCCACCUGUUGGACCUUACAUACUCGCUGUUAGGCAAACACAGAUGCAUGAACCAUGAAGUCAGUUAUGUAUUUAUAUUCCAUUGAACAUUAAGAGAAGGAUGAAGAUUUAUGAAAUCAUACACCUCCAACCAUUCAUCCAUUUUCCAUAACCGCUUAUCAGGGUCACGGGGAGCUGGAGCCAAUCCCAGCUGACAUUGAACAAGAGGCAAGUACACGCCGGACAAGUCGGCAGUUCAUCAGAAGGCUGACACAUAGACGAAUUCACACCUAGGGGCAUUUUCGAGUCACCAGUUAAUCUGCAUGUCGUGGGAGAAAGGCAGAGUAUCCAGAGAUAACCUACGCAGACAGAAGCUCAUUUAUAAAGAUGGUUUAGCACCCAGUCAGUCAUGUAUAUAGUUAUGUUAUGUGUCAUUAUAUUAGGUCAGCAGCGUAUACCAUAAACUAAAAUUUUAUGUGCAUAUAAGGUCCUUUCAUUGAAUGUAUUAUUCUUAAGGGAAAAGUUUUAGGAAAUAUGUUUAUUCACUGUCCUCCUGAAAUUGAAAUGAGUACAUCAAUUCUGUGACGUAAAUAUAAAGCUAGAGCCAGCAGGCUUAUCUUAGCAUAAAGAUGUGAAACAGCUGUAAAGAAUUAGCCUGGGUCCCAUCCAAAGGUCAAAAAAUUCUCCCUACCAGUCCCUCUAAAGCUCACUCAUAAACACGUUUGUUGUGUUCUCCUGGCUAGAGCUUCAUAUAACAGUGGUAUCUUCUUGUCUGACUAUCAAUGGAAAUAAAACAAAAAUGUUGAUGCAUCAUUGAACAUAA